AUGACGACGUACCUCCCGAAGCUCACGCUUCCCGAUGCCGUCUUCAACAACUUGCCCGUCUCCGUCCUGCUGCCUGUUGCUCUGGGCACUUUGGUAGGGUACAGCAUGCGGCCCAAGGACACAGAGCGCGCCUAUCUCUCGUGGAAGCAGCCGCCGCUCCGGCCGCCCCCGUGGGUGUUUGGCCCGGCGUGGACGAUUUUGUAUGGGCUCAUGGGAUACGCCGCCCAUCGUGCCGUGCAUUUCGGCACAUCGCCUCUCAACUCUGCAGCCACCAUAGCAGCGGCCAGACAUGGCGCCACGCUGUACAGCAUCCAGCUGGAGCUGAACCUGGCGUGGAUGCCGCUCUUCUUUGGACUGAGGAGGCCCGUGGAGGCCACCAUCGACGUGCUGGCGCUGCUAGGAAUCAACGGCUAUCUUGCCUACCUCUGGGGAUCCUCCGUCGAUAGCACUGCUGGCUGGCUUCUGGUGCCAUACGUUGCUUGGCUGGGCUUUGCUACCUACCUCUCUGCGGGAACUGGCUAUCUGAACAAUUGGGAUUUGACACUCGAUGACACCAAAAAGGCUCAAUGA